GCUAAUGGCGGCGGCCGCCUGAGGCGGCCCGGGGCGGCGGCGGCGGCACUGCGGGGCGCUCCGGGGGCGCCGCUCUCCCGGCGACAGCGCGGCGGCCGAGGCGCGCCAUGGAGCGGCCGGCGGCGCUGGCGGCGGCCGCGGGGGGCGCGGCGGGCGGCGAGGGCGGCGGGGCCGCGGGCCCGGGCGCGGCGGGUGGCAGGAGGCCCCCAUGGGGGACGGCGGGCCCGACCCCCGGCGCCCGGCAGCCCGGCGCGGACGCUGUGGACAGUCCUACAGGGUCACAUGUUGAAUGGUGUAAACAGCUUAUAGCUGCUACAAUUUCUAGUCAGAUUUCAGGUUCAGUGACAUCAGAAAAUGUAUCCAGAGAUUACAAGGAGUUUCAGGAAGAACACAAUGGCUACCCCUCUGAAGCGGAAGCUGAUCAGGCUCUCCGGGAUGGAAAUAAGCUGGCCCAGAUGGAAGAAGCACCACUCUUUCCAGGAGAAUCAAUUAAAGCCAUUGUGAAAGAUGUCAUGUACAUCUGCCCAUUCAUGGGAGCUGUGAGCGGGACCCUGACUGUGACCGACUUCAAGAUGUACUUCAAAAAUGUCGAGAGGGAUCCACAUUUCAUCCUGGAUGUUCCCCUUGGAGUGAUCAGUAGAGUCGAGAAGAUUGGCGCCCAGAGCCAAGGAGACAACUCUUGUGGCAUUGAGAUUGUGUGCAAGGAUAUGAGGAACCUACGGCUUGCUUAUAAACAGGAAGAACAGAGCAAAUUGGGGAUAUUUGAAAACCUCAACAAACACGCCUUCCCUCUUUCCAAUGGGCAGACGCUAUUUGCAUUCAACUAUAAAGAAAAAUUUCCAACGAACGGAUGGAAAGUGUAUGAUCCAGUAUCCGAAUACAAGAGACAGGGUUUGCCAAAUGAGAGUUGGAAAAUAUCCAAAGUAAACAGCAACUAUGAACUAUGUGACACCUACCCAGCCAUCAUUGUUGUGCCAACCAGUGUGAAAGACGAUGACCUUACAAAAGUGGCAGCCUUUCGGGCGAAAGGCAGAGUCCCCGUGCUGUCCUGGAUUCAUCCAGAAAGUCAGGCAACGAUUACCCGUUGCAGCCAGCCACUUGUGGGUCCCAACGAUAAACGCUGCAAAGAAGAUGAAAAAUACUUGCAAACCAUAAUGGACGCUAACGCACAGUCCCACAAACUAGUCAUCUUUGAUGCCCGGCAGAACAGUGUCGCUGAUACUAACAAGGCAAAGGGCGGGGGCUACGAAAGUGAAAGUGCCUACCCCAACGCCGAGCUCGUGUUCCUGGAGAUCCACAACAUCCACGUGAUGCGAGAGUCACUGCGCAAGCUUAAGGAGAUUGUGUACCCGUCCAUCGAUGAGACCCGGUGGCUGUCCAGUGUGGAUGGGACACACUGGCUGGAGUACAUACGGAUGCUUCUUGCAGGAGCAGUAAGAAUUGCGGACAAAAUUGAAUCUGGGAAAACCUCCGUGGUGGUCCACUGCAGCGAUGGUUGGGACCGCACAGCCCAGCUGACGUCACUGGCGAUGCUGAUGUUGGACAGUUAUUACCGCACCAUCAAAGGGUUCGAGACUCUUAUAGAGAAGGAGUGGAUAAGCUUCGGACAUAGCUUUGCAUUGCGAGUGGGCCACGGCAAUGACAACCACGCCGACGCUGACCGUUCCCCGAUCUUCCUCCAGUUUAUUGACUGCGUCUGGCAGAUGACGAGACAGUUUCCAUCGGCCUUCGAGUUUAACGAACUGCUGUUGAUUACAAUUUUGGAUCACCUUUAUAGCUGUCUCUUUGGGACUUUCUUGUGCAACUGUGAAAAGCAGCGAUUCAAAGAGGACAUACAGACGAAGACUGUGUCUCUGUGGUCUUACAUCAAUAGUCAGCUCGAUGAAUUUUCUAACCCCUUCUAUGUGAAUUACGAGCACCACGUCCUCUACCCGGUGGCCGGUGUGACUCACUUGGAGCUAUGGGUAAACUACUACGUGCGAUGGAACCCACGCAUGCGGCCUCAGAUGCCGAUUCACCAGCACACCAAGGAACUGCUGGCCGUACGCGCGGAGCUGCAGAAGCGGGUGGACGAGCUGCGUCGGGAGGUGGCAGCACACGCCUCGUCCUCGCCCGAGCGCUCAUCGCCGUCGCAGCCUGUGACCCCCGUGCACACGUCGGUGUGACACCCGCCGGGCCCCGCAGGAGCCUGGGAUCCCGUCUCACGGCGCGAGGCCCUGUGCCCUCCACGCCUGGCUGGCACCGCCAAGCGGUGACGGCCUGUGUGGCCAGGUGACAGCGCCCCAUGUCGUCACGUGCUUUCUGUGUUGUGAACACUCUGUGUCCCCCUGGCCGGCUGUCACCGUGCCCCGUGACCCGAGCUCCUACUGUGCUGGGCAGCGUGGGGGGCACCAGAGGAAGCGGCGGCGGGUGUGGCUGUGUGUCCGCCUGUCCUUCCCAUGCCCACAGGAGGGACGCAGCCCACAGGGCAGCUGGAGCGAAGCCCCGGGCCCUGCUCUAGGCGGUACGGUGACAAAGCGGUUUGCGUCUGGGCCUUGGGAUGGCCCGGCAGGCCGCCCCUCCCUGAGCGAUGCAGCCCCCAAGGCACUGCAUGGCAGGAGCCGAAGGUGUCAGAGGCUGGCGUUCGGGGCCACACCCGCGUGCAGUGCUGGUUCGGGACACUGCAUGUCACCGUUGGGAAGUCCCAGCAUGCACAGCCCUCAGUUUCCUCUUCCCCCUUUCCCUCCCUUCUGGCGCUGUGACAGCGCCCCAGGCCCCCCGGACCCCUGGGUGCCCGGGCCAACCUCACCGUGACCAUCAUUUGCAAAGGGAUUCUUCAAAGUUUUUUUUUUACAAAAACUGAGAUGUCUUUUCAACUUGCAAUCUUCUGGUUCUUACAGAAAUUUUUGUUUUCUGGUAUAAUUACGUAUUUACUCAAGGUCAUUUGAUACCCUAAGAUUCUCCAUUUUUAUCAUCUGGGGGGUUUGUUUCUAAGUCAUACACAGUUGAAGGUCAUUUUUUGCCCCUGCCAUGUCCGACAGCGUUUUUGGAAUGGCAUUUCUCAAAGUGACGCUGGUUCUUUCCCGUCCCCUCCCCCCCAAACAUCGCCCAGCUGCACUAGGAAUCAUAAACUUGGUGUGGUUGGCACAAGGCUCUUGACAGAACCAGAGGAGAAAGUGGCCUUAGCCCGGCCGGGGUCGGCGCACCUCAGGUGGGGCACCAGGGCCCCGAACCCGCCACUCGCCCCACAGCAGCAUAGCGCGGGGCCCCUUCCGGCCUGAGACAGACAGGCGGACAUUCUACCCCCGAGCUCGAGCUCUGGAAUCCGAGCACUUCUAGUCUUCCACUUUAAUGACGUGUACGAGAAUGUCAAACCUUUCUGGGUCAGGGUUUUAAAGCUGCCAUGAUACUGUAUUUGCCUCAGCCGAUGCACUGUACCCCUAUAAUUAAAACUGUGUUUGCCCCGUG